GGAGAACUCUAUGAAAAGGAAAUGCGUGUGCUUGGUUCCUCUCCUCCCUAUCCCGACUAGGGCACGCAUCUAAGUGCAAAUGCCUGCAAAGCCUCCGGGUUGUGGAGAGCGAAUGCUUGCAAGCAAUCUCCCAAACCAGGUGUCCCUGUACACACGCGUGCGCAUUUAUGAUUUUAUGUGCGUGCAGACAUGUAUGUGCACUAUUGCAUAUUUGCAAACGCGUGCCUGCUAAGAUAAAUGCAUGCACUGAUGUGUGUCUAAGCAAGCAAGCGCGCCACGGAGCGAGUGUAUCUAAGUGUAUGUGUGUGCGCUCCGCUUCCAGCCCUGCUCAUCUUGGUGCCCGGCCCCCUUCGCUCUCCAAGCCCCACCCCCCACCCCUCCGGGCUUCGCUUUUACAAAAGGUCUCCCCAGUGCUUGCUGCGGAGGCACCCAGAGAGAGCCCGACCGCGGCUGAAGUGGAAGCCUUGGCUUCGCGCCCCGCCCAGUCCCUUUCCCCUGCUGGGGAUCCCCCUCUUCCCCGCCCAUCCCUUACCCCCUAUGCAGCCCGGCGCCCUAUGCUAGCCCUCCCCCUCCCCCCCUCCAGGAGCGGGGCGCCGCCGGGGGAGGAGGGGGAAUCGGCUGCGGGUCCUUGGUGUUCCUAGCACCCAGCUUCCCUCCAAGCCGGGUCGCGAUGUACGACUGCAUGGAAGCGUUUGCCCCGGGUCCGCGACGGCUGUACGGGGCGGCGGGGCCCGGGGCCGGCUUGCUGCGCAGAGCCACCGGCAGCUCCUGUUUCGCCGGACUUGAGCCUUUUGCUUGGCCGCAACCCACCAGUCUACAAUCGGUGGAGACGCAGAGCACCAGCUCAGAAGAGAUGGUGCCCAGCUCACCCUCACCCCCUCCACCUCCUCGGGUCUACAAGCCGUGCUUCGUGUGCAAUGACAAGUCCUCUGGCUACCACUAUGGGGUCAGCUCUUGUGAAGGCUGCAAGGGCUUCUUCCGCCGCAGCAUUCAGAAGAACAUGGUGUACACAUGUCACCGUGACAAAAACUGUAUCAUCAACAAGGUGACCCGGAAUCGCUGCCAGUACUGCCGGCUACAGAAGUGCUUCGAAGUGGGCAUGUCCAAGGAAGCUGUACGGAAUGACCGGAACAAGAAGAAGAAAGAGGUGAAGGAAGAAGGGUCACCUGACAGCUAUGAGCUGAGCCCCCAGUUAGAAGAGCUCAUCACCAAGGUCAGCAAAGCCCAUCAAGAGACCUUCCCCUCGCUCUGUCAGCUGGGGAAAUACACCACGAACUCCAGUGCAGAUCACCGGGUGCAGCUGGAUCUGGGGCUAUGGGACAAGUUCAGUGAGCUGGCCACCAAAUGCAUCAUCAAGAUCGUGGAGUUUGCCAAGCGACUGCCUGGCUUUACAGGACUCAGCAUUGCUGACCAGAUCACUCUGCUCAAGGCUGCCUGCCUGGACAUCUUGAUGCUGAGGAUCUGUACACGGUAUACCCCAGAGCAGGACACCAUGACCUUCUCUGAUGGGCUGACCCUGAACCGGACCCAGAUGCACAACGCUGGCUUUGGGCCCCUCACGGACCUCGUCUUUGCCUUUGCCGGGCAGCUCCUGCCCCUGGAGAUGGAUGACACCGAGACCGGGCUGCUCAGUGCCAUCUGCCUCAUCUGUGGAGACCGCAUGGACCUGGAGGAACCUGAAAAGGUGGACAAGCUGCAGGAGCCACUUCUGGAAGCCCUGAGGCUGUAUGCCCGGCGCCGGCGGCCCAGCCAGCCCUAUAUGUUCCCAAGGAUGCUCAUGAAGAUCACUGACCUCCGGGGCAUCAGCACCAAGGGCGCGGAAAGGGCCAUUACCCUGAAGAUGGAGAUUCCAGGCCCGAUGCCUCCCCUGAUCCGAGAGAUGCUGGAGAACCCCGAAAUGUUUGAGGACGACUCCUCCCAGCCUGGUCCCCACCCCAAGGCCUCCAGUGAGGAUGAGGUUCCUGGGGGCCAGGGCAAAAGGGGCAGCAGCCCCCAGCCUGACCAGGGCCAUUGACUUCCCCUGCUGUGGGGGUUGGGGCUCCAGGCAACAGACUGACCAUCUCCCAAACCCCACCAGAGACUGGGAGAGGACCUGCUCUGCCCUCUCCCCAUCCCUUCCAGUCAGCUCCUUGUUUUUGCCAAAGUUUCCAGGGGUGCCUCUGUGUUCAUCCCCUUCCUGCUCUAACAGGCUCCCUCUCCAGUCCCGGGGGCUGCCCUGCCCCCACCAGGAGAGAGGGCAGAGGGGUGAGCCUGAGUCUGGACUCUAAAAUCUCAGUGCUGCCCCUCGAUAGUAUGGUCCCAGGCUCCCUAGGGUGGGAGGAAGACUCUGCCAUUCCACGGCCUGUUCCCCUGCCAGGUGCUUAGGCCUCUGGAAGUAAAUAGGAACACUAGAGACCAAAAGGGGGGUGCAGGGGGAGGGCUGAGCCCACCCCCUUUCCCCUACCCUUGGUGCCUAAUGCUGCGUAGUGCACCUGCCAGGUGCUUGCUGCCCUCUGUGCCCCUAUCCCUGUACCAUGCUUGGAGUGGGGGGCAGGCUGGGCCCUGCGUUUCCGUGGGGGGCCAGAGGGUGAAAGGACAGAUGCAGGUCCAUUCUGCACUUCUUUGCUGAGGCCCUGUGCCCUCCGUUACAAGACUCCCCCAGCCCUACCAUGUGCCUUGGGCUCCCCCUGCCCCUCAUCUCAGCCAUCGGGGCAGGGACCCUCCUACACUACAGAGGGGCCAGGGGAUCCCUCUCCUCCUAGUGCCUUCUCCCCUUGACCCCCAGAGCAGCUUGGCCUAGGGAUGGAGGAGGGCUGCUUCGCUUAUCCCACCCUGACCCAGAGGAAGCCUCUAUUUAUUUAUUAGCUUUUGUUUACACCCUGGAAUUGACUCCUUCCUCCAGGGGUCUUGGGAGGGGGAGCCCAAGGGCCCCUGUGACCCCUCCCUUCUUCCUCAAAUCCCCAGUUUGUAUUUAGCUGCCAAAUAAGAUUCCCAGUGGCUCCCCUUUUUCUCUGGGGGGUCAGGGUGCUGUCCCCUCCCCCUCUGUUUACAUCUCCCCUCCACCUCGCUGUAUCCCAUAUUGCUGAGUUUUCUAUUUUUGCAAAUA